GUAAAACGCGGGCAUUGCACGAAAAAGGUCCCAGGGUACGAAAAAUAAAAACCCAAAACAAAGCACUCACAUAAACAUUUCAUUUUUAUCCCUAAAUUGCCCCCCCACACACUACACACACUGAUUAUUCUGUGUCACACCUUUUCUCCUUUUCCUCCUCAUCUACUCUCCCAUGGAGAACCAGAAGCACAGCGAACGCUCGUCGAGCUCUGGGAGAAGGAGCUUGAAGAGAAAGCUACACGAAGGUCUCGAAGAAGAUCAAACGGUUUCAUCUUCUUUAUCUUCAGAAGAAGCUCAUCAAGAUCUGGCGCAUGAAGUCCGUACACAGGUUGAGGUUCUAGAAUCUUCCUUUUCAUCAUCCGAGUCAGAUCGAGCCUCCGCAAAACGCGCUAUACACGUUCUCUCUGAAUUAGCCAAAAACGAGGAAAUUGUGAACGUAAUUGUGGAUUGUGGUGCUGUUCCGGCUUUGGUGCAGCAUCUAGAGGCGCCGCCGCAUGUGAGUGAAGGUGAAGGUAGUCACAUGCCAUACGAACAUGAGGUUGAGAAAGGAAGUGCUUUUACGCUUGGGCUUCUUGCUAUAAAACCAGAGCACCAACAACUCAUUGUUGAUGCUGGAGCUUUGCCUCAUCUUGUUAAUCUGCUGAAGAGGCACAGAGAUGCUCAGAAUUCUCGAGCAGUCCAUGGUGUUAUUCGUCGGGCAGCUGAUGCAGUCACGAAUCUUGCUCAUGAAAACAGCAGCAUCAAAACUCGUGUUAGGAUUGAAGGUGGCAUCCCUCCACUUGUUGAAUUGCUUGAGUUUGUUGAUUCAAAGGUGCAGAGAGCAGCUGCAGGAGCCUUACGAACUUUGGCAUUUAAGAAUGAUGAGAACAAAAAUCAGAUUGUGGAUUGCAAUGCACUCCCUACUCUUAUACUAAUGCUUCGGUCUGAAGAUACUGCUAUACACUAUGAAGCGGUUGGAGUCAUCGGAAAUCUGGUGCACUCAUCACCAAAUAUCAAGAAAGAAGUUCUUCUUGCAGGAGCUUUACAACCUGUAAUUGGGUUACUUAGUUCCUCCUGUUCAGAGAGCCAAAGGGAAGCUGCUUUACUGCUAGGACAAUUUGCAGCAACUGAUACAGACUGUAAGAUUCAUAUUGUGCAAAGAGGAGCAGUUCCACCACUAAUUGAGAUGUUGCAAUCUCCAGAUGCUCAACUUAGGGAAAUGUCAGCCUUUGCUCUAGGGAGGUUGGCGCAGGACACACACAAUCAGGCUGGUAUUGCUCACUGUGGUGGAAUUAUCCCAUUGUUGAAGCUCCUUGACUCAAAAAAUGGAUCAUUGCAACACAAUGCUGCAUUCGCUCUAUAUGGGCUUGCUGAUAAUGAGGAUAAUGUUGCUGAUCUUAUAAAGGUUGGAGGUGUUCAAAAGCUUCAGGAUGGAGAAUUUAUUGUCCAACCGACUAGAGAUUGUGUAGCAAAGACAUUGAAGAGAUUAGAAGAGAAGAUCCAUGGACGAAUAUUAGGCCAUCUGAUAUAUUUGAUGCGCAUUGGGGAAAAGGUUAUUCAGAGACGAGUUGCUUUGGCCCUGGCCCAUCUUUGUUCACCAGAUGACCAAAAAACAAUUUUCAUUAAUAACGAUGGAUUAGAGUUGCUUUUGGAGCUCCUUGAAUCAACAAAUCUGAAGCACCAAAAAGAUGGCUCUGUAGCUUUGUGCAAAUUGGCUAACAAAGCUAGCUCACUUUCGCAAGUCGAUGCUGCUCCUCCAUCCCCGAUACCUCAGGUUUAUCUGGGAGAGCAGUAUGUAAAUAAUUCUACGUUGUCUGAUGUGACAUUUUUAGUUGAGGGCAAACGAUUUUAUGCCCAUAGGAUUUGUUUACUAGCUUCUUCUGAUGCAUUUCGAGCUAUGUUUGAUGGUGGCUACCGGGAGAGAGAUGCCAAAGACAUAGAGAUCCCAAAUAUCCGAUGGGAUGUUUUUGAGUUGAUGAUGAGGUACAUAUACACAGGAUCUGUAGAUGUUAAUUUGGAUGUCGCACAGGAUCUUCUAAGAGCUGCAGAUCAGUAUCUAUUAGAGGGCCUUAAACGUCUUUGCGAGUAUGCCAUUGCGCAGGAUAUAUCUGUGGAAAGUGUCUCUCUCAUGUUCGAGUUGUCGGAGGCCUUUAAUGCUUUGACAUUACGUAAUGCUUGCAUUCUAUUCAUUUUGGAAAAGUUUGACCAAUUAAGUGUCAUGCCAUGGUAUUCACAUUUGAUUCAACGUGUAUUACCCGAGACUCGUAGUUACUUUGUAAGGGCGCUUACCAGGCCAAUUCAAGCUGAUAUGCGGGUGUAGGUGCUUCAGAUUAAGUUUUGUUCUUUUAUUAAUUGUAACCACGGGAAAGAGUAUGUACAGGAAUGGGUUACUGUUGUAAUAGUGUCUCAAAAUGAGAGCUAAUGUAAUUCAUCAUUGAAUGCACCAAUUCCAGAUCAUUGGAUGGUUAACUAGCUUAUAAAGUUCAGUUUCAACGCUUGA